AGCGUGAACGUGCCCGGGACGCGCGUGCACACGCGUGUGAGCGCGCACGAGUUCGCGUGCCCGCGAUGUCCGAGGCCGCGCCCGCUCGCACACCCGCGUCCACACGGACUCGCUCGCACGGGACACGCACGCGCGUCCAUGCAGCAGGUUCUGGACAACCUAAUGGGGCUCCCCAGCACCCCCGGGGCUGCCGACCUGGACCUCAUCUUCCUGCGUGGCAUCAUGGAGAGCCCCAUCGUAAGGUCCUUGGCAAAGGCACAUGAGCGGCUGGAGGAGACGAAGCUGGAGGCAGUGCGGGACAACAACCUAGAGCUGGUGCAGGAGAUCCUGCGGGACAUUGGGAACCUGGCGCGGCGGGAUGGCGCGGCCGCCGAGCUCGCCCGCAUCCUGCGUGAGCCCCACUUCCAGUCCCUGCUGGAGACCCACGACUCAGUGGCCUCCAAGAGCUAUGAGACACCGCCCCCCAGUCCCGUGCUGGACCCCACCUUCAGCAACCAGCCCGUGCCCCCCGACGCUGUGCGCAUGGUGGGCAUCCGCAAGGCGGCGGGUGAGAACCUGGGGGUGACGUUCCGCGUGGAGCGGGGGGAGCUGGUGAUCGCCCGGAUCCUGCACGGGGGGAUGGUGGCGCAGCAGGGGCUGCUGCACGUGGGCGACGUCAUCCGUGAGGUGAAUGGGCGCGAGGUGGGCAGUGACCCGCGGGCGCUGCAGGAGAGCCUGCGCCACGCCAGCGGCAGCGUUGUCCUCAAGAUCCUGCCCAGCUACCAGGAGCCCCACCCGCCCCGGCAGGUCUUUGUCAAGUGCCACUUCGACUACGACCCGGCCACGGACAGCCUCAUCCCCUGCAAGGAGGCCGGGCUGCGCUUCAUGGCUGGUGACCUCCUGCAGAUCGUCAACCAGGACGACCCCAACUGGUGGCAGGCGUGCCAUGUGGAGGGCGGCAGCGCGGGGCUGGUGCCCAGCCAGCUGCUGGAGGAGAAGCGCAAAGCCUUCGUCAAGCGGGAUGCGGAGGUGGCCCCCAUGUCAGGGGCCCUCUGUGGCAGCCUCAGUGGGAAGAGGAAGAAGAGGAUGAUGUACCUGACCACGAAGAACGCCGAGUUUGACCGCCACGAGCUGCUGAUCUAUGAGGAGGUGGCCCGCAUGCCCCCCUUCCGACGGAAAACCCUGGUGCUCAUUGGUGCCCAGGGCGUGGGGCGCCGCAGCCUCAAGAACAAGCUCAUCAUGUCGGACCAGGCGCGCUACGGCACCACCAUCCCUUACACGUCACGGAAGCCCAAGGAGAGCGAGAAGGACGGGCACGGGUACCGCUUUGUGUCACGGGGGGAGAUGGAGGUGGACAUCAAGGCGGGGCGGUACCUGGAGCACGGCGAGUACGAGGGCAACCUCUACGGCACGAAGAUUGACUCCAUCCGCGCGGUGGUGGAGGCUGGCAAGAUGUGCAUCCUGGACGUCAACCCCCAGGCAGUGAAGGUGCUGAGAACAGCUGAAUUUGUGCCAUAUGUGGUCUUCAUCGAAGCCCCAGGGCCUGAGACGCUGCGGGCCAUGAACCGGGCAGCACUGGAGAGUGGCGUGGCCACCAAACAGCUGACGGAGGCUGAUGCGAAGCGGACGGUGGAGGAGAGCAGCCGCAUCCAGCGCGGUUAUGGCCACUACUUCGACCUCAGCCUGACCAAUGAUGACCUGGAACGCACAUUUGGGCGGCUGCGGGAGGCCAUGGAGCGCCUGCGCACCCAGCCUCAGUGGGUGCCUGUCAGCUGGGUCUACUGACCCCUCCCUGGACCCCCGCCCCAGCCCGCCUGGAUGGCUGGUGGGGGGGUAGUGGUGCCCUCUGCCCUAUUCCCCCACUGCUGUGAUGAGUGCGCCGUGCUCAGCGCUGCUGUGUGCUCGCGCUGCGGUGUCCCCUGCAGCCAAGCCCGGCCACUCUCCCCGUCCUACCCAGCCCCAGAUUUAUGGGGAGGGAGAAGCGGCCGGUGGGGUCGUACGGGGGGGAGGACAGACCCUCCAGGCCAUGCCCACCUCCCACACAGCUGAUUCACUGCCAAACCUGUCCCCCUCCCCGUGCUAUCCCAGAGGAUGUUUCCCCUCUGCCAGGGUGGGUACAAGCUAGGGGGGACAGGGAGAGUGGGGGGGUCCUCCAGCACUGUGUGGCUGUGGCCCUUCAUGGUCCUGUGCCUCAGUUUCCCCAUCUUAGGGCAGCGCGUGGGUCAGGACCCCCAGAGCUGGAGGGGUCCCACUCAGCUGGAGCCCCACGAGCUGCGUGGACCCAGGUGUCCCGGCUGACCCCCCACCAGGGACUACCUUUCACCUUGACCAGCGUGGGGGUCCCUCUCUGUCCCUUGUGCUCCCUAUUGCCCCUUCCCAGGUAGCAAUAACCCCUUGAGACCUUCUGCCCUUGUGGGUUUGGCCCUGUAAUUAACCCUUAAUUAAUCUGGGGGGGCUGUGACCUCUCUGGGGCACUGCAGAGGGGCUGUUGUGGGGUGACCCCGAGGGAUGGGAAUGUGGGGAAGGCAGCGUGCACAAGUGUGUGCCCCAUGCCAUCAGGGUGUGUGUGCCCCCUCUCCUGCCCUGUCCCCUCAACCCCCCUGAAAUUGCUCCAUUUUGGUACUUUGCCGUGACUUUUAUUAAAGAUAAAGAGAGAAAAGCAGUGGGGUUGGUCCUUGUGGCCGGGUCCAGCCAGGCUGGGGCACAAAGGGGACUUGGGGUCACCAGCAUCACCGCUGUCACCUGCGCCCCGCCCGGCCCCGCUCCCACAGGCGCUGCUGAGAUUUUUGCUGCAAAUCGGUGGUUUGUGCCAGUUUGGUGCCUGGGGGUGUUCGUGGGUCUGGGCGUGAGGGUGGGUGUGCACAAGUGUGUGCACGCAUGGCUGUGUCUGGGGUGGGUGCACGGGAGUGGUUGGUUGUUGGGGAGGUUGGUGCGUGUGUGCAUG